AAAAAUUUUAGGUUCCUGGAACUAAUAAGAAAUUACCAGUUUACUUCUUUAUCCAUGGUGGUGCAUUCAUCAAGGGAAGUGCAAGUGGUUAUGGCCCGAAGUAUUUGAUUGAUGGAGAAAUAGUCGUUGUAACGAUCAAUUACCGACUAGGCCCUUUAGGUUUCCUCUCAACGGAAGACGGCAUUGUACCUGGAAAUAUGGGUUUGAAAGACCAGCAUCUAGCUUUGCAAUGGACGAAGAAGAAUAUUGAAUUAUUUGGAGGCGACCCAAACGAUAUAGUUAUUGGUGGUCAGAGUGCAGGUGCAUUCUCUGUUAGUUAUCAGUUACUCAAUUCGAGAAAUAAAGGUCUUAUUAGUGGAACUAUUCAACAAAGUGGAACAGCUCUCAGUUCUGGUGCAUCGAAAGCACGACCGAGGGAUACAGCAUUUGCUUUGGGAAAACUUCUAAACAUUUCUGUUGGUGCAGGUGAUACCAGUAGUCUCAUCGAUGCAUUGAGAAAAACUCCAAUAGAUGCAUUUGUAGCAGCUGCAGUUCAGGUUCCAAAUUCUGUCUAUUUUGGAUUUAUUGGGCAGCUAAUAUGGUCACCUAUUGUAGAGAAUUCAGGAGAUGAACAAGCUUUCGUCACGACUCCCAUGCAUCAAGAUUUCAUCGAUGGAAAUUUCAAUCAUGUACCUAGUAUGAUCGGAUUCAAUUCUGAGGAAUCUAUUUAUUUCUUACCACCAGAAGAAAGGGUGAUUCAACUCGCUGCACUCAAUGAUGCUGAUCCUAGUUUGCUUGUACAAGAUUCAAUGAAUGUGGAGAAUAAAACUCAAGUAGGAAUUAAGCUCAAAGGCUUGUAUACGUCGGAGCCUUUCUCGGACAAUCUGGAAGCAUUUGUGAAGUUCACAAGUGAUGUAGUCUUCAUCCGAUCUUCCAUUCGUCAGGCAGAGCUCUCAUCACGACAUGCACCAGUCUAUUUGUAUCAGUUUUCAGCUGGGCCCAACAAAUCUCCACAAUUUCCAGGUAUUGCACAUGCUGCCGAAUUAGGUUACCUUUGGGACCAAUUCGACGGAAUCGAAGUUGACAAAACUAUUCGGCAACAGAUGCUCUCGCUGUGGUGGAAUUUCAUCAAAUACAAGAAUCCAACACCUGAGAAUGUUACCACCAUGCAGAAUAUAAAAUGGCCUUCAGUUGACACGAACGAUAUAAAAUAUUUCGAUAUAGACGAAACAUCCAGUGUGUCUUCUAAUCCAAGAAAUUACGAAAGUGUGAAGAAAGUCUUACUGGGCCGUCUCAGAUCACCAUAUUUUGUAUUCUAA